GCUGCUGCUGCCGCCGCCGCCGCCUCGCCCGCCGUCGCCGCCCUCCCUAACUCGCCCCUCACGCUGCCCCGGACCGCGCUGGGCGGCGGCGGAGCGACCCCGGGAUCUGCGCCCUGCCCCCGGCACUGCAGCGCCGCGGCGCUCGUCCCCGGCGGACUCCGUUUGGGGACGGACGCAGGAAGAUGGCGGAGGCGGCAGAGGCAAUGGAGACCGAGCCCGCCGAGCCCGCCGCCUUCAAGCGCCCGAGCCGCCCGCUGCCCGCCGCCCCCGGGCCCGGCGACCCGGGGCCCAGCCCGCCGGGAGCCCCCCGCGGAGCCGCCGCCGCGCCGCCCGCGCCGCGCUACGAAGAACCGCCGUGGGGCGGCCGCCCGCCCGCCGGCUCCGGGUACGGGCUGGAGGUGCUGAAGGGCGGCGUGGUGCUGGGCUCGGUGCGGCUGGAAGACAGCAGCUGGUACUUGGUGGGGCGGCUGCCCGGCUGCGCCGUGUCCCUGGAGCACCCGUCGGUGUCGCGGCACCACGCCGUGCUGCAGUACCGCGGCGCCGGCUGCUCCCCCGACGGGCCCAGCGGCGCCGAUGCCGCCGGCUUCUACGUGUACGACCUGGGCAGCACCCACGGCACCUUCCUCAACAAGGCGCGGGUGCCGCCCCGCACCUACUGCCGGGUGCGGGUGGGCCACGGGCUGCGCUUCGGGGGCAGCUCCCGCCUCUUCCUGCUGCAGGGACCCAAAGAGGACCAGGAGUCUGAGUCAGAACUGACGGUGACUGAACUGAAGGCACUGCGCAAGCAGCAGCAAGCAAAAUUAGAAAGGACAAUGUUGGGAGAGGACUCUGAUGAGGAAGAUGAGAAAGAGGAGAGAAAUGAAAGGAGUCAGAACAGUGAUAUGAGCUGCUCGUGGGGCAUGGGUGAGGAUGCUGAGGAGGAUGAGGUUGAAGAGAAUCCUAUUGCUGUUGAUUUUCAGGAUGUUCAAGAUGCCUUUUAUAUGAAAGACCCUAGGAAGGCCUUGCAGGGCUUUUUUGAUAGAGAAGGGGAAGAGUUAGAAUAUGAGUAUGAUGAUCGUGGGCACAACAGCUGGCUAUGCAGGAUCAAGUUGCCUGUGGAUGAUGCAUCAGGGAAGCAGCUGGUGGCAGAGGUUCUCCAUUCAGGAAAAAAGAAGGAAGCAAUGAUACAAUGUGCACUGGAAGCUUGCAGGCUGCUUGACGCUCGAGGAGUACUGAGGCAAGAAGCAGUAUCCCGAAAAAGGAAAUCGAAGAACUGGGAAGAUGAAGAUUUUUAUGACAGUGAUGAUGACACCUUCCUCGAUCGAACUGGUGCUGUGGAAAAGAAACGACUGAACAGAAUGAAGAAAGCUGGUAAAAUAGAAGAAAAGCCUGAGACUUAUGACUCUCUGGUCACAAAGCUAAAAGAAGCAGAAAAUGAGCUUUCUGAGAUAACAGAGAAGCUGAAGGUUUCAGGGAAAGUCCAGUCCCAUCCAGCAGCUCAAGAUUCCCUGGAUGAGUUCAUGACUGAAAUGAAAUCAGGAUGCACGUUAGACAGCGUGGCACGCAAGAAGCUUCACUUGCGGUCCUUUGAACUGAAGAAAGAGCAGCAGAGACUGAAAGGGUUGAUAAAGCUUGUCAAGCCUACAGAACUGCCUGAGCUGAAGCCCCAGGGUGGGACUUACAGUCUGAAUGCAGAGAACAAGCCUAAAAAGAUGAACCUGCCUCUCUUCGGUGCAAUGAAAGGGGGGAGCAAAUUCAAACUGAAAACUGGAAGCCUGGGGAAGUUGCCUGUUAAGCGUCCAGACAUCCCUGAAAGCUUGUUGAAAACAAAAGAUGAUGGACCAGAGGAGGAGGAGGAAGAGGAGGAAGAGGAAGAAAUGGAAGAUCAGCAAGAAGCAGAUGCAGUAAACAGCAGAGUUUCAAACCUGGAAAUGAAGAUGACAAUAGAGAAAGAAACAGGGAAAGAAACUCAUGCUCCUGAUGGCUCCCCGUGCAAUAACAAAAAUCCAGAAUCCUUUCAGGAUGGAGGUGAUUUUCUGCCUGAGCCAAAGGUACUGAGGAAAGAAUCUCAGAUGGGACCCUCACAAGAGAAAUCCCAAGCAUCCAAGGUGGUAAAUAAGGAACCUGAAGAGACAUCUGAGAAAGUGAAGAAAAUCAAUAGCUCAAGCAAGGUCCAACAACCUUUUUUAUCCUCACAGUACCCAGAUGAUGACCCAGACUACUGCAUAUGGAUUCCUCCUGCAGGUCAAAGUGGUGAUGGCAAGACUCAUCUCAAUGAAAAAUAUGGCUACUGAGCUUCCAGUGCCCCAGAGUACAUCUGAGGCUUGAAGGACUGCUCUCUUUUGGACUCUUUCACUACACGUUAAGUGACAGAUAAGAGACUUGGAUUUUCAGAUGCUGUUUAAAUUCAAGGGCAUCAGCAGCUGCUCUGGCUCUUAGCUCUCCCUGUGUGUCCUCUGUUUGUCUUCCAGAUACUUUUUUAAAGUAAAAGCCCACACAUUCUUCUGCCUCUUCUUUCACUUUUAGUCUUGUUUGUUUGGCUUUUUUUUUAAUUUGGCUUGAAACUGUAAGCUCAUUUUUCCGUUUGUACAUAAAGUAGACAAACAUAUUAAAGAAAUACACCUCUGUGUACUUACAGGCUUGAUAAAAUUUAUUCAUAUUGGGUUUAUGCAAUUAAAAUAAGAAACACUA